AUGGCUAUAUCCAUCCAGCUGGACACUGGGUGCACCAGUGAACAACAACACGUUGUUCCCCAGAGAUGUCACAUCAGGGUCAUCGACACCUUCGGGACAGAGCCGGCGUAUAACCAUGAGGAGUACGCCACCCUGCAUGGAUACAGGACCAACUGGGGCUACUGGACCCUCAACUCCAGGCAAUACAUGACCAUGUUCCCUCACACACCUGACAAUUCAUUCAUGGGUUUCGUUUCGGAGGAGCUCAACGAGACGGAGAAGAGAAGCAUCCAGCAGAACAAAGUCAACAACAUGGCUGUUGUGUACGGGAAAGAGGCCAGCAUGUGGAAGCUUCAGGGCAAAGAAGGUUUCCUGCAGAUUCUCAACAGGUACAUGGAGGUCCACGGCACGGUGUAUUAUGAGACUCAGAGACCUCCAGAAGUCCCAGCCUUUGUGAAGAACCACGGACUGCUGCCGCAGCAUGAACUGCAGCAGCUGCUGCGGAAGGCAAAGCUCUUUAUUGGGUUCGGGUUUCCUUAUGAAGGCCCCGCCCCUCUUGAAGCGAUCGCCAAUGGCUGCGUUUUCCUCCAACCCAAGUUCAACCCGCCUCACAGCUCUCUCAACCACGAGUUUUUCCGAGGAAAACCCACUUCUAGAGAGGUGUCCUCCCAGCACCCGUAUGCAGAGCAGUACAUCGGCCGACCGCACGUCAUGACAGUGGACUACAACAACUCUGUGGAGUUCGACUCUGCCAUCAGGGAAAUCAUGAGGACCAAGGUGGAGCCAUUCCUGCCGUACGAGUACACCUGUGAGGGGAUGCUGGAGCGAGUACACGCCUACAUACAACAUCAGGACUUCUGUGCUCCAGAGCCUCCCUUCAUCCCGGCCAACCUCAGCAGACAGGGCUUUGCUGCCGGCAGCAGGACAACAGGACCUCUGUUUGUGGCCCUGUCCAACACCACGGCACUUGGCUGGUCACCCAGCGUAGCCGCGCCCCCCGUCUGGCCCCCCCUCAGCUCCCUCAGGCUGCUGGUGUCUCAGGAGGGCCAGUCCUGUGUGGAGGCCUGUCAGUCGUCGGGCUUCACCUGUGAGCCCGCCCACUUCCGCUUCAUCAACAACAAGGAGGCGCUGCGCUGUUUGGAGGUGCAGUGUGAGGUGGUGGACUCGGAGAUCAACCACAUCCUCCCGGCUUUUUCGGUGCUGCGACAGGAGUGCGGCCUCCAGAGGGAACCUCUCCUUUUCAGCUGCGCAGGUCACUCCCCUAAAUUCAGACGACUGUGCCCCUGCAGAGACUUUCGCCCCGGGCAGGUGGCGCUCUGCACGGACUGCCUAUAACUGUAAGUCUUACGGAGAGCAUGAGGAAAGACAGAGUUCGGCCAGGUAACAUCUAGCAUCUGUACGUGCACCGAAGCCAAAGUCAGUGUAAUUAAAGAGGUGUCGCUGCGGAGCCGCAGCUUCUGCCUAAAAUGGAGGGAGACGAAGAACUGACGUGUGAUGUCACCAAAAGGUUUGAACAGCUGUUGUCGUGUUACCGUAGCUGGCUGAAAAGGUAGAAGUAAAACUUCUGACACAGGGUAGAGGACGCGAGGCGUCGCACCAGAACGGAGCCUAACUCUCUGACGACUCAACGGUACUUCUACAGAACGCGCAGCAACAAAUUUAAGUUCUUAGAACUGUAUCAAGUCAGUUUUUUCGGACCACAAUGUCAAUCUCUGACAGAGUCUUCAAAACAUCGCAGCUUGACGGAGACAACCUCGGGUCAAUAUCCAAUCUCCUCUCUGCACUCGGACAAAGGAUGACGGACAGCCGGGUUAUCUCCCCGACUCCCCCCUCUCUCCCCCAAUGACAGAUAAAGUCGUUUAUCAGACGGAACCACCAGUCUGAGGCAACAUCGGUCAAAGCAAUCAUCGCUGGUCACAGAGACGGAGGGAGGACAGAGGACGAAGAUAAGGCAUACAAGAUUAUUUUUCAAUAAGUACGUCUCUCUGUGGAGCUCUCAGUUUGAGUUUUUUAAUUGUAGGUUUCAUGUUGGGAAAAACAAAACCAAAAAUAAAAGAGUCCGAACUGAACGCACUGAUGGGUGGAUGUUUUUCUGGUUUUCACUGGGUUCUUUUCUUCCUUCC